GUGUGCGUUUCCCCAGCUGUCAGGGAGAACCGCUACCCUCACAUUUAUGGUUUCUCCUGUUAUUUUCUUUCUUGGGAAUUUAUAAACAAGCUUUCGUCUAAAAUGCCGAAAGGAGGUAAGAGAGGGAGCCACAAGGGUCGCAUGCGGACAUACACUAGUCCCGAGGAGAUAGAUGCCCAGAUGAAGGAAGAGAAGGAGAGGAAAAAGCAAGAGCAGGAAGAAGGAGAUUUUGAGGGUGCGGCUCAGAAUGACACAGCAGCAGCAAAGCUCCCGGGGUCCGGGUCAGAAGACAGCGAUGACGACAGUGCCGAGAGAAGGAGAGCUGGUGUGGAGGGCUUGAUAGAAAUCGACAACCCCAACAGAGUGGCUCAGAAGUCCAAGAAGGUGACGCAGAUUGAGAUAGAGGAGCCCCGGCAGUUAUCAAGAAGAGAGAGAGAGGAGAUUGAGAAGCAGAAAGCCAAGGAGCGCUACAUGAAGAUGCACUUAGCAGGAAAGACAGACCAGGCCAAAGCUGACCUCGCUCGUCUCGCCAUCAUCAGGAAACAGAGAGAGGAGGCGGCGAGAAAGAAAGAGGAAGAGAAAAAAGCGAAAGAAGCUGCGGCGGCAGCAGCAAGAGGAGUGAACUCCCUCUCUCUUAAAUGAUAGAGUAUUUAUCAGAAGCAUUUUCACAUUGUCAUGGACUGAUGCAAUAUAUAAAGUCAAUAUAUAUUGACUAUUUUUAAAGGAAGAUCUAUGAAGAGUAUUUGACAUAUGGCCACUUGGAGAACUGAGAACACACCAGAGGAGAGGAGAUGUUUAUUUAGUUUGAAAUGAAGAAAUGGCCUCGAUCCGGUUGAGAAUACAUUGGUUAUCGAACACUUGGAAUUUGACUCCCUUGAUAAUAUUCCUGGUAAUACUUAUCAUUGUACAAUUCCAACUUUGCUGACUGGGCUUUACCACUACUUUUUUUUUUUUUUUUUUUUUGGAUCUUACAUUGUACAUAACUGACUGAAGGAGUUAAUCCAGAUCAAUAUGAUGAAACCAAGCAAAAUGUGUCUGUGUGGUUGUUU